ACGCUGCGCGCGCCGUGCAGUCGGCGUUGGCGGACGGCCUCACGCGCAUCGAAGUCGACUUCCCACCACUGCCGAGUGGAAAGGCGGGCUACGAGGGGUCAUCGGAGGAGUACAUAGAGGCCAACAUCCAGCUCGCCCUCGCUCUCAUCCGCCGCCUGCACGCCGCCACCGCCACCACCGCCAAGAUCGUGCUUCCCGAUGGGCCCGAGAAGCGCCGCUGCUCCCGCCGCUUCAAAGCUGCUCUGGACAUGACAAACGGGGUGUCGCUGGGGUGCUUGGAGGAUGACCCCGUGGCAGCACCGGGGCAGGCGGGCACCACCCAGCCGAGCAGCGCGGGAGGCGGAGGAGGAGGGGGAGGGGGCUUCUUCUCGGCGCUGAAGAACGCACUGGACCUCGACUUUGGCGGCCAGGAGACCGGCGAGUGGGCGGCGGCGGGGCCAUCGGACGUGUACGUCAUCACCAACGCCAGCUGCCAGGAGCUGCCCGCCGUGCAGACCUACCUCGAGAAACUUCCACCCGCCACGCCGGUGCUGCUCUUCAACCUGGAGCUCGACACGCUCAGGGCGGACCUGGGGCUGCUGGGCUUCCCCCCCAAGGACCUGCACUACCGCUUCCUCUCCACCUUCCGCCCCGUCUUCUACCUGCGCCCGCGCGACUACUCCAAGAGUGUGGCCGUGUCGCCCUUCAUUCUCAACUACAGCGGAGCGCUCUUCAGAAUGUACCCAGCGCCAUGGCAGGUGAUGGUGAAGCAGGAGGGCACGGGGACGUACGUGUGUGUGGCGGAGGGGCCGCAACGCUUCCAACUUGGACAGGUGAAGGAGGAGCUGCAGCGCGCGCUGGGGCUGGGCGAGGAGGAGGGCUCCACCAUGCAGUUCCUGCGCCGCGGCUACAAGGGCUCCACCAUGCAGUUCCUGCGCCGCGGCUACAAGGUGAGGAGGGCUCCACCAUGCAGUUCCUGCGCCGCGGCUACAAGGGCGAGUGGGGCAGAGCGAGUGGGUGCAAGUGGGGCUGGCAGGUGGGUGCAAGUGGGGCCGGCAGACCAACACGUGGUGGGAGGAGCAGUCAGAGCAAGAAGAGUCAACAGAGUGGAGAAGUUGAAGGAUGACUACAUGGGGGAUAACGGGAAAGCGGCAGGCGCGGAGCUACACGGGCGAGCGCUCGUGAACGACCUUCACUGUGUUGCGCCGCGGGCAGCAGCAGUCGCAGCAGGCGCCGAGGCAGUUGCAGCAGCACAUGAUGAGCGCGAUGACGACCGACACGAGCCCCAGCAGCAGCAGCAGCGCGCCCCACCACGGCGUGCGGUACUUGUAGUCUGCACACGGCACGCCGCACAGGGAACUGCUUAG